AUGGAUCAGUAUGAGAUCAUGGAGCAAAUUGGUCGUGGAGCUUUUGGGGCAGCCAUUUUGGUCAAUCACAAGCUAGAAAGAAAAAAGUAUGUGCUUAAGAAGAUUCGGUUGGCUCGACAAACAGAGCAUUGCAGAAGAUGUGCUCAUCAAGAGAUGGCACUAAUUGCACGGGUACAACAUCCAUACAUUGUCGAAUUCAAGGAAGCAUGGGUAGAGAAGGGAUGCUACGUUUGUAUAGUUACUGGCUAUUGUGAGGGUGGCGACAUGGCUGAACUUAUGAAAAAAUCAAAUGGGCAGUUCUUUCCCGAGGAGAAACUCUUGAAAUGGUUUGCUGAACUAUUGUUGGCAGUCGAGUAUCUGCAUUCAAAUUUUGUUCUGCAUCGAGACCUGAAAUGCUCCAAUAUCUUUCUUACAAAAGAUCAAGAUAUUCGUCUAGGGGAUUUCGGACUUGCUAAAACUCUGGAGGCAGAUGAUUUGGCUUCUUCGGUAGUUGGAACUCCCAAUUACAUGUGCCCUGAACUUCUUGCAGAUAUUCCAUAUGGUUUUAAAUCCGAUAUUUGGUCCCUUGGUUGCUGUAUAUAUGAAAUGGCUGCUCAUCGUCAUGCAUUCAAGGCAUUUGACAUGGCAGGACUAAUAAGCAAGAUCAAUCGCUCAUCCAUUGGCCCUUUGCCUUCCUGUUACUCCCCAUCCUUGAAAACUAUAAUCAAAGGCAUGUUAAGAAAAAACCCUGAACGUCGGCCAAGUGCAUCCGAAAUCUUAAAGCACCCAUAUUUACAGCCUUAUGUUGACCAGUUCCGCCCCUCUUAUAGUCCUCCUGCGCCUGGAAAGCCUCUUUCUGGGACUCGUGACACUAGAAAGAGUAUUACCGAAAACCAAAGCAGUAACAGUUCUUGCAGUGACAGAGAUAGUUUACUGUCGUGUGAAAAAAAUGUGCAGGGAGUUAUUGUCAAUUGUGAACAUAAAGCCACAGAUAUGGAUUCGGCUUCCCUCAAUGAUGAUGUCAACUCUGGUCAGCUUCAGAUAAAGAAGGACCAACAGAAAAAUUACUCUUCCUCUGCAACUAUAAAGCGCCACGAAGUUAUGAAGCCAUUGCACGAGGAACAGAGAUGUAGCGUUGAACCUAAGCAACCGAGAACGAUCAAAAAUAUUAUGAUUUCUCUGAAAGAAGGAAAAGCGCGAGAAGACAGCUCUCCCGUGAGAAGCAACCGGAAAGUAAGCAAUUUGGGUAACCAGAAAUCUUUUGUCGAAGCAUCUAUGAAAAUCACCAAGCCAGGUUUGGUGAAUCCUGGUUUUAAGGCUAAUUCAGAGAUACCACCUGCUGCAUUAGUAAAGGCCAACUCGGAUUCCACCAAAAGAAUACGAGCAACACAUUCUAUAAAGCACCAGCUACCUAUCAUGGAAACCCCUCCCAAGACUAAACCUAGACAUGAGGGAACCCCUCCAUCUGGUCUUGUAAAGGUCAUUGCCGAAGAUGUAUUCUCUACAAAGACUAGACAGAAAACCCCUCCGACCCUAGUGAAAAGGCCUCCAUUUCCUGGACGGAUGAGGCAAGUGAACUGUGACUCUCCAAAUAGGACGGACAAUAACAUGAAGGUGGGACAUAGUGAAACUCAGGAAACUGAAAGUACUCUGGAUUCUGUGCCAUACGGUUGUCGUCCACACACUCCGAGAGAAACUGUGAAGAAGAACUCGGAAAAGACUGCAUCCGCAGUGUCUAAAAGAGUGCAGGCGGACAGCAGCAAUUCUGCAUCCUCUUCAGUGUCGAUACAAGGAUUUGAACUCUGUUAUGAUGCAUCAACUCCUUUUAUUAGCUUGCCUGAACGCUUACUUUGCAGUCGUGAGCAAGUGACUGAAAUUGAAAUUCUUGAAUCUGGGCCAAGAUAUUCUGGCUCUUCUUCCUCACCUUCUGAAAGGUCUCAACCAAGCUGUUACACAUCUUCCUCAUCACCUUCAGAAGCGCUAGAAAAUCAAUCAAGAGAAACUCGGGGAUGUAAUAAAUCCAGCCAUCAUCAAGCCACUGAAACCGAGUCUCGACCAAGCUGCUCAUCACCCUCAGAAGCUCUAGAAGAUCAAUGUAGAGAAACUCGGGAACGUAAUAAAUCCAGUCAUCAUCUCGCUACUGAAACUGAGAUAAUAAAGUUUCUUCCCAGUUGUUACUCAUCUUCCUCACCACCCUCACCCUCGGAAAGGCUAGAAGAUCAAUGUAGAGAAACUCAGGUACGUAACGGUAUAUCCAGUCAUCAUCAAGCCACUGAAACUGAUAUCACUGAGUCUCGACCCAGUUGUUACACAUCUUUAAAGCCACCCUCGGAAAGGUUAGAAGAUCAAUGUAGAGAAACUCAGGUAAGUAACAAUAAGUCCAGUCAUCAUCAAGCCACUAAAACAGAGAUCAUUGAGUCUCGACCCAGUUGUUGUACAUCUUCGACGUCACCCUUGGAGAGGCUAGAAGAUCUAUGUAGAGAAAAAGGAUGUAACCGUAAAUCCAGUCACCAUCAUGCCACCGCAACUGGGAACAUUGAGUCUCAACCCAGCUGUUACACAUCUUCCUUGUCACACUCUGAAAGGCUCGAAAAUCCACCUAGCGAUAAUCAUGGAAAUAAGUCUAAUUCUAUCGGAAUCUCCUCUGAAACAUUCGAGUGCUCAGACUAUCGAGUUACGGAUGCUGAAAAUUGUGAUGGGAACAUGAGUUCUAACAUAACCAUGGGGAUACAUGUUCCUGAGAAACUAGUUGCAGGUGAAAAGGACAAUCCUAAUCAUGUGGCUCGGUCAAACCUAACUUCAGCAUCCCGUGAUGAUGACAAUUUUAUGGUGAAGAAACUUGUUUCUCCAGCAACAGAAUGUUCUCCUUCCUCUGCCUCUCCUGUUUCGUUGAGCCAGAAGUCUUUGUUGUCGGAUAAUGGAGUUGUUUCGCAAAAUGCAAUUAAAGAAAAGCUGGAUGGUACUCAUUUCCCACCUUCUUUUGAUGAGGUGAUACACGUGAUACGUCACAGUAGUUUCCGAGUUGGCAGUGAGCCGCCGCUAAUCCAAAAUGUGGAGAGAAAUCUGGAUGUUGGGAAACUGGUAAAUGUGGUGACCGAUGAACCUGAUAUAAAAAUUCCAGCUCAUUCUCCUGCUCCAAAAUCAUCUAGUUUCUCUGAAAACGUGAGUUACGAAAAUCCUGUCAACAAGGAAAUAGACUCGAUUUCCGAUAAUCCCGUUCCCAUGGUUCCAAAAUCAGAUUCAUCAGAACCAGCAAAAAUUAAGCCUUUUGCUGCACCUGAAGAAUCACUAGUGAAGGAAACUUUAGACGUGAACUCCUUCAAACAGAGAGCCGAGGCACUUGAAGGGCUACUCGAAUUGUCUGCCGACUUGCUUCAGCAGCAUCGACUAGAAGAACUUUCUGUCAUGUUGAAACCUUUUGGAAAAGAAAAAGUUUCUCCAAGGGAUACGGCUAUCUGGUUGGCUAAAAGUCUUAAAGGAAUGAUGCUCGAAGACAGUGGACGAAAUUCGUAA